CAUCACCCCAGUCUGUGUCUUCUGCGCUCUCUUGACUCACUCGGGCCAUUGGACCUGGAUGGAAAUGUGCCCGUAGACGCAGAAUGUCGGCUGUGUCUUCCCGAAGCUGAACCCAGACAUCUCACGACCUGAUCUCACUACAGCUACUCCGUACUGCUCUGCGACAUGGCCUCCGCGGUGUUCUUUUUGGAUUUGAAGGGCAAGACCCUUCUGGCCCGCAAUUAUCGCGGGGACAUUCCUAUGUCUGCGGUCGAACAAUUCCCCAUCCUUCUUAGCGAAGCAGAGGAAGAGAGCUCUGCUGUACCGCCAUGCUUUUCUCAUGAAGGAAUUAAUUACCUCUAUAUUCGUCAUAGCAAUCUCUAUAUCCUCGCGUUGACCAAGAGAAACACAAAUGCUACCGAAAUCCUCCUGUUCCUCCACAAGAUCGUGGAGGUGUUCACCGAAUAUUUCAAGGUCUUGGAGGAGGAAAGUAUCCGGGAUAACUUUGUCAUUAUCUACGAAUUGCUGGACGAAAUGAUGGAUUUUGGCUAUCCCCAAACAACGGAAAGCAAGAUUCUCCAAGAGUACAUCACGCAAGAGUCACACAAGCUUGAGAUUCAAGCGCGACCGCCUAUCGCAGUUACCAAUGCGGUGUCCUGGCGAAGUGAGGGCAUCCGCUAUCGGAAGAACGAGGUCUUCCUUGAUGUCAUCGAAUCUUUGAACCUCCUCGUUUCUGCAAACGGGAAUGUGCUGCGAUCUGAGAUCCUGGGCGCAAUCAAGAUGAAGUGCUAUCUAAGUGGCAUGCCGGAGCUUCGUUUGGGUUUGAACGACAAAGUCAUGUUCGAAACGACAGGUCGCGCCACGAGAGGCAAGGCUGUCGAGAUGGAGGAUGUCAAGUUCCAUCAAUGCGUGCGACUUUCAAGAUUUGAGAAUGACAGAACAAUCAGCUUUAUACCCCCUGAUGGAGAGUUUGAGCUUAUGAGCUACCGAUUAAAUACAACGGUGAAGCCUUUGAUAUGGGUUGAGUGUCUCGUGGAAUCGCACUCAGGUUCGCGGAUUGAGUAUAUGCUAAAGGCCAAAGCGCAAUUCAAGCGCCGGAGUACGGCCAAUAAUGUCGAAAUCUUAAUUCCGGUACCAGAGGAUGCGGACUCACCACGCUUCCGGACGAACAUCGGAACUGUCCACUACGCACCGGAAAAGUCCGCUAUUAUCUGGAAGAUCAAGCAAUUCGGCGGUGGAAAAGAGUUCCUCAUGCGGGCUGAACUCGGUCUACCUUCCGUCAAAGGUGAUGAUGAGCAUGGUGGCGGCAUGACAGGUGGUUUUGGAGGUAGCAUGGGAGGAACAGGACAAGGGAAGGCUAAGCGUCCCAUCAACGUCAAGUUUGAAAUCCCCUACUUCACUACAAGUGGAAUCCAAGUGCGAUACCUGAAAAUCACUGAACCAAAGCUUCAAUACCCCUCCCUUCCAUGGGUUCGAUACAUCACGCAAUCCGGUGACAUUGCUGUUCGCAUGCCAGAUGCACAAGCGAAUGACAUAAGGAAUGCUCGUUAGAUACGCCGUGUGGUACAUACAUAGGCAUACAAGUUAUGAAUAUGUUUCUCGUGAGAUGUAUACGAUAGCCAUGGGGUUUUCCCACUUUUCCACUUAGGCUUCAAGUAUCGACGGCAUCUAUCCACGUACGGUGCAUCCGACGACUGUAUAGGUACACUUUUUCUUGAAUAUAUAUGUAUGAUGAUUCUAGACUUGGUCU